GACCGUUCUUUCGCUAAACGCUUGCUUGCACAAAGAAGAAAGCGCCGUGCGACGCGCUGCGUGUAUUCGCGCACCUAUCCUACACUCGUCUAAUCUACGCUAUUCAUCUUUUUUAAUCGAUAUCCACCCACAAUCGAGUUACGUGGCGCCAACACAAGACCUCAAGACGUUCAGGCUCGCGUAGUUGGGAGGUGUCAAACCACGGCUCGGAUUGGGUUUCAAGGGCGCGAAUACAGUCUGGAAAUGGCCUUGCCGUACAUUCCUCCGAAUCAACCACAUACCUCCUUGUCUCGCAAGGCAGCUCGACUCUCUACCGUCUUGUCGCCCCCUUCAUUCAGUGUAUUCUCAGAUAUUCCAGUCCACAACCCUUCCAUGAUCCCCUUUGACUCUCGGGACUCCACGCCCACUGAAGACAACACGGCCAAUUCGGAACAGCACCGACAAGCCCAGGCACUCGCCGAACUCGAUUUGAAGACGCACGAACUUCGUUUGGAGUCUAAGCGGGCAGAGCAGUCGGACAAGGGUACCACCCGAUCGUAUCAACGCCAUAUCGACGGCUAUUUUGGGUGGUGGGAGAACAACAACAUGAGACGCAUCCAAGACAACCCCAACGCGGUUCAGAUAAACUCGCUUCCCAUUACUGCUGCAAAAGCGAGCCCCUUCCUUGAGUACGAGAUGACACGGGAAAAGAAAAAGCGCGGCAAAAGCGGCUCAAUGGAGACUGUCGCAGGCUCCUCUGUGGGGAAAUCCCAUGUCUCACAAGUCAUCAACGCGCUCGAGCAGUAUCGAUUCAACACGGCACAUCUCUACAAGUCAUGUCCCGAAGCUCAGCUCGGUCUGCGGCAAGACAGUCGCAUUCGUCAAUUCGAGUCAGCUUCCAAGCACAACGAGCCGAAACGCGCUGAGAAGGCACAGAUCAUCAAAGCAGCUGGCGGCAUGUCUGAUACAUACACAUCAGAAGAGGUCAUCCGAUGCUCUCGAUGGGCAUUGAUCAACUUCACAACACCGAGCAAGAUCUGCAAUGCCAUCCGGGAUCGCUCCAUGCUCUUACUUGGCACCUGCACUGCAUUUCGAGGAGACAGCACCCGUCAACUUCAAUGGUCGGAUCUAUUCUUGGGGAGCGUUCUUGCUGGAAGCGAAGAUAAUGCCCGGGUCCUCGGCAUCCUAUCUGACAACGCGAAGACCAAUCAGACCGGUCGCCUCGACGAGUUUGGAGUCCUCCGCCAUCGCCAUGUUGAGAUGUGCGGUAUUGGAGCCCUGGCUUUGCACUUCUUUGCGCAUUUCCACAUCCUCAACAAUCUGCCGCCUGUGUUUGCACCUCAGUUUGAGAAGGGUUGCGGAGAAUACGGCAAACGAGACUGGUAUUCUUACCAUGUCUUCUUUACCGUCAAUCCCAUGAAUGAGAUGACCUACGCAACGCAUCACGGUCGCGUUGUUGCUAUGCAUCAAGCGAACGACAUAUCCAUCACCAAAGUUACGCAUGGUGCACGCCCAUUUGCGGCCCAAACAGCUCGUGCCCAUGGCGCAACUGUGAGUGAUACAAAGGCGAUGGGCGGCUGGAACGACAACGGAUCAUUCAAGAACUGCUAUGACCGCAAGUUUCCAGUUGAGGCUCUCCUGGGGGCGGCAAACUUCAAGAGCAGUCGACCGGAGGCUUAUCAUGUUGCGCGUGAUACUCUUUGUCCUCCUGCAGACCUUGUUGCUCAGAUCUUUCCAUGGAUUGAAACCGAGCAGAAAGGGCUAACCGAACGAGAGCGCGCAGACUCAAGAUGUCGAGACCUUGCUCUUCGACAGGUUCUCGCCACCCUUCUCUGGUUUCGUACUGUGCUUCUGCAAGACAUGGCGGUGCUCUUUGUUAAAGAUCCAAACGCAAAGAUCUUCUCGUAUCCGCCGUUCAGCUCGGGUUCAUUUCGAUUGUUUGCACGGGACUCGACUGCAGCUAUUCAACGAGCCAAUGACGAGGCUGCGCUGAAUUUCAAGAAUCUGCCGGAUCACCUUGUUUCUGCAGUCAAGGCUGUUGUCGAGCGCCAAUCUCUGGCAUUCGAAAGUGAACGCAAGUGCAAUCUGGAGCAGAUGCGAAUGCUCCAGGAUCAGAUGACGAAGAUGGGUCAAACAAUUCUUUGUAUGGCUGGAUCGAAGCGGGCUAAGCUCAACAAUGGCUCUUCUCACAUCUCUGCCACACCUUCCACGCCAACACUACCAGAGACAUCAUUCCCCAUGCCGGCUGUCUUUGAUAGCCUGCCCUCUGAUGUCUCCAUGCAACGAGAUCCAUUCGUAUGGCCUGGUUUCCAAAACGAAGCAGGGACCAGUGGGAUGUCUGAUGUACAACCCUGGUCAGAGCUGGACACACCGUCUCUCCAACUCUCCCUUGCACCUUUGGAUUUGUUGCCAACAUUUGAUUUGGUAGCCACGGCACCUCCACCUGCAGUCCCAAACACUGCUGCUGUCCCAAUCCCACUACCUUCUGUGUUCCCUUCUGUGCCACCAUCUACCUCAUUGUUCUGGCCUGUGACACCCAUGGCACCUGUUCCUGGUACUCCAGAAGGGAAACUUGCCUUCUAUCAUCAGCGCUACGGGAAAGCUCGAUUUGACAAGCACGCACCUCAGUGGAUCGAUGGAGAUUGGCUGCCAUGCUACAAGUAUUCAAAAGCAGUCACAGUAUGGGAUUAUUGGACUGAGUGGAAGGAUGGGCUUGAUGGAUAUCUGCCAGUGGAGGAACUGACACUUCAAUGGGGAGCCAAGUGGAGACGCAACAUCUCGGCACUCAAAACUGAAAACACUCGACGGAUGCGAGUUGUCGAGCUUGUGAUAAAGUUGAUCCAGCGCCCUCAUUGGGAUUUGAAACGCACUCAUCGCUUCAUUUCCACACAAUAUGGGACCUAUCGUGCACGUAACUUUGCGGACAAUGUUGUUAACAAUGAAGCUGGCCGAGACUGUGUGCUUGCUGCUGCUUCCAACUUUGCUUAGUGUAUUUUAAUAGUAUUUUUAGUCUAUCUACUAAGAAUAAUUGAUCUCCAUACCUAGCAUAAUCAUUAUCUCUCUGCAGUGUUUGGAAU